AAGAGAGAGAGAGAGAAGAAAAGGAAAGAACAGUUUCUUAUUUUCUUCUUCUUUGUCUCGUCUUCUCCAUCGUUCUCUGUCAAGGUCAAAAAAACACAACCGAACAAUCACCGCAAAUCUAACGAGGGAACAAAUAUGGCGAAACGCCACAGCUUCACGAGUUGAAGGAUCUCUUCGUUCUCUUCUGCUGCUUAUGCGGUUCCCGAUCGGCGAUUUGUCCCCGGUGUGUCUCCGGUGGCCGGAAAUAUCGGAUUCGUCGAUUUGGAUUUGACUAUGAGGAAAAGCGCCAAAUUCAACAACAAAAACGGCGAUAAUCACAGUAAGAACGGUACCAAUGGCUUGUUGCCGAGUUCACUGAAAAUCAUCUCCACCUUCAUCAGAACCGCUUCCUCUGGAGUCCGUUCAGCUAGCGCCUCCGUCGCCGCUUCUCUCUCCGGAGAGUCUCAGGAGCAAAAGGACCAGGUGCUUUGGUCCUCCUUUGACGUACUACACACAGAUGCAUCUUCCUUCAAGCAUGUCCACUUGCUUGGUUAUUCCAAUGGGUUUCAAGUCCUUGACGUCAAUGAUGCUGCUAAUGUCCGUGAACUUGUUUCAAGGCGGGAUGAUCCAGUCACAUUCUUACAGAUGCAGUCCCUCCCUGCGAAAUGUGAGGGCAUUGAAGGAUUUAGAUCAUCACAUCCUAUCCUUCUAGUGGUUGCUGAUGAAUCUAAAGGCUCAGGUCCUAUUUUCACUGCUAGAGAUGGAUCAAUUAGAAAUGGUUACGAAGAUCCUCGGAUGGGAAAUCUCGCCCUGUCUCCCACAGUUGUUCGAUUCUAUUCUCUGAGAUCUCACAACUAUGUACAUGUUCUAAGAUUCCGAUCAACUGUCUAUAUGGUCAGAUGCAGCCCCCGUGUAGUAGCUGUUGGCCUUGGUUCACAGAUAUACUGUUUUGAUGCUCUGACUCUUGAGAACAAAUUCAGUGUUCUCUCAUAUCCAGUCCCCCAGUUUGGAAGCCAAGGGAUAUCUGGGGUCAAUAUCGGAUAUGGUCCAAUGGCUGUCGGUCCUAGAUGGUUAGCUUAUGCUUCCAACAAUCCUUUGUCAUCUAGUACUGGUCGUCUAAGCCCACAGACUCUUACGUCUCCUGGUGUCAGUCCAUCUACCUCGCCAAGCAAUGGAAAUCUAGUGGCAAGAUAUGCCAUGGAAUCCAGUAAGCAUCUGGCCACUGGAUUAAUCAACUUGGGUGACAAGGGUUACAAGACUUUAUCUAAAUACUGCCAGGAUCUCAAGCAUGAUGGUACUGGUUCUCCUGUUUCAUCUAGUUCCAGUUGGAAAGUUGGUCGUGCAGCAUCACAAUCAGCAGAAACAGAUGUUGCUGGAACGGUUGUCAUCAAAGAUUUUGAAUCGCGAGCUAUUAUAUCGCAGUUCAAAGCUCACACUAGCCCAAUAUCUGCUCUGUGUUUUGAUCCAAGUGGCACUCUGCUAGUCACUGCUUCAAUCCAUGGAAACAAUAUAAAUGUCUUUCGGAUUAUGCCAGCUUCCUCAAAGAGUCGAUCAGGCACCCGAAGCUAUGAUUGGAGCUCCUCUCAUGUGCAUUUGUACAAACUGCAUCGUGGCAUGACAUCAGCUGUAAUACAAGAUAUUUGCUUUAGUCAUUACAGUCAGUGGGUUGCGAUUGUUUCAUCCAAGGGUACAUGCCAUAUUUUUGUUCUUUCCCCUUUUGGUGGAGAGAAUGUUCUUGAAAUACGGAAUUCUCAUGCCAGUGGAUCUGUACUUGCACCAUCAUUGUCUCUGCCAUGGUGGUCGAGUUCGUCAUUCACAACCAACCAUUUUUCACCUCCUCCGCCAGCAUCUGUAAACCUUACUGUAAUUAGCCGAAUCAAAAGCAACAAUUUCUUACAAGCUGCAAGUUCAGUUGCUGGGAAACCAUCUUUUCCCUCUGGUGCUCUUGCUGUUGUUUUCCAUCAAUCUGUGCCUGCCGAGUCACUGUCAGAUCAUGCCCUGGAGUAUUUGCUGGUCUACACUCCGUCAGGUCAUGUGGUUCAAUACAAACUUGUACCGCCUGUUGGGGGAGACCUGGCUGAAAGCAAUUCACGAAUUGGAGCUGUUUCUUUGCCAACCUCUGAAGAGGAGUUGCGAGUGAAAGUCGAACCAGUUCAGUGUUGGGAUGUCUGCCGAAGAACAGAUUGGCCCGAAAGAGAGGAGAACAUACAUGGGCUUACUCUUGGUGGACGAGAAACUGCAGAUAUUAUUAUGGAUGCUUCUGAUGGUGAAGAUAAUGACAUUGGGCACAAGGAGUUGGUGAAGCCCCCAGAAAAACACCAAGUAUAUCUUGCCAAUGCAGAGGUGCAGAUUAACUCAGGAAGGAGACCGAUCUGGCAAAAUUCUAAGAUAUCUUUCUACUCGAUGUGUCCACCAGAGGUUGAUGGCGAGAACUCAGGUGUGCACCGGUCUGGGGGGGAGACAGAAAUCGAGAAAGUAUCUACAAGAGAGAUUGAAAUAAAGAAGAAGGAUCUGCUGCCUGUGUUCGAUAAUUUUAAUGGUGUAUACUCCAGUAUGGGCAACCGGGGGCUUACUGGGGAAAGGUACCCAGAUUCACUUUAUGAUCCUGACCAAAUGAAAGAAAAUCCAUUGAAAGGGAUUUCUUACUUGGCCAUUGGAUCUGGGAAUGAAAGUGAUGACAGGAAAAGAAGCAGGCAUCCCUCUUUUGGAGUACAUAUACAAAAUCAAAGUCCUCCUACCGGAGUUAGCAGUUCUAGAUCUUUCAAACAACCUGUAGUUUCCAUAUCUCCUUCUAAAGAGACUGAUUAUGUAGACACUGAUCUACCCGCUGGAAGAACCAUUGCGGAUAGCAGCGGGACAAGUGAAGCUUCUACUGCAAGCUCUAACCGUUCUGAUAUGAGCAUGAAUGUCCUGGAUGAGGGAACAAUCGAUGAAUCACCCAAUUUCGAGCAGUUCUUCAAAGAGGGGUAUUAUGCCACAACUGCGCCUGUUGAAGCUCAUGAAUCCGCAGAAAUCGCUACUGAAGCAGACAAUGAUGACGCCCCAUCUGAACGUGAAAAAUCAGAGGAAGGUGGCGAUGACGAUGAUAUGCUUGGGGGCAUUUUCGCUUUCUCAGAAGAAGGUUGAUUAUGCCAGGUUGUUCUCGUGGUUCAUGUCUUGGUCAUGUCGUGCUUCUGCUGGUAGUUAAUAAGACACGUCUCGUACAGAGCCAAGCCCCAACGGAGAGGGUCAUUUACUAAUAUAAGAUGCUUACUGACUGAUCAAAUACCUAAAACACCAAAUCAAAUUGGCUUCUUUGUCGUGUGUUUCCAGUUUCGGGGAACAUUCCGGUCUUACUCUCGUGUUCAUUUCAUUGUGUAAAUACUGUAAAUGGAUAUUCGUCAUCAACAGUCUCUCGAUUUUCAUGGACUGGGUUCUUUGUUUUUUUUUUCACGUGUAACUCUAUAUUCAUUCAUCGGAAAAAGAAAAAAAAGAAGUUAGAAUAAAGAAGAUUAUUUUGUUUGGGUUUUA